ACCACGAUGAGCCAGACUGUACAACCAGCUAUAGACGUGUUUCCAUCCGCGACGAUCUCGCCGGUUUCGCCGUACCUCUUCUCUGGCUUCUUGGAGCACCUCGGUCGCUGCAUCUACGGUGGCAUUCUCCCUGCGGGACCUACGAACUUCCCCCACACGCCACGCAACCCGUGCCCGAAGGACCAGUUCACGGAAACACCGAAGGAGCUGCUGACAAAAGACGGUUUCCGCAAGGACGUUAUUGAGCUGCUACGCGAUGAACUGCGAGUUCCGUUGGUGCGUUGGCCCGGAGGCAAUUACGUUAGCUCGUAUCACUGGGAGGAUGGUGUUGGGCCGAAGGAUCAGAGGAAGAGGCGGCCGGAGCUUGCUUGGGGAGGAGAGGAGAGCAAUCAGUUCGGGACAGACGAAUUCAUUGCGUGGUGUCGAGAAACGAAGAUCGAGCCUUACAUCAUCCUGAACAUGGGUACGGGUACGCUCGAGGAGGCCUUGCGAUGGAUCGAAUAUUGCAACGGUACCGGUGACACAUACCAUGCCAAUCUCCGUCGGAGGAACACCGGACGCGAUGAGCCGCACAAUGUGAAAUACUGGGGUCUUGGCAACGAAGUCUGGGGUGAAUGGCAGGUGGGCCAGCAGACCGCGGAAGCGUACGCGGAGAAAGCCCGGCAGUGGGCACACGCCAUCCGCCUCAUUGAUCCCACCAUCAAGCUCGUCGUAUGCGGACAAACCGGGCUAGAUCAGUGGGACUCGGUUGUCCUAGACGUUUUGGCAGAUAAGAUCGACUUGACUAGCUUGCACCUCUACACCGGCUUCGGCCCCCGCGACCGCACUCAGAAAGAGAAGGAGUACGGACGUGGCGUCUACGGUCCAGAUGCUGCGGAAUAUUCUAUUGAAAUUUGUCGGGGUCUGAUCAACAAGGCGAGGGUAGCUAAGAACGUUAGCAAACCUAUCAAGAUUGCCUUCGAUGAAUACGGCGUUUGGGAUGAAACUGUUGGCACACCCGAAAAUGGACUGGAGCAAUACUAUAACUUUGCCGAUGCACUUGCCAUGGCAUCGUGGCUCAACGUUUUCGUUCGGCAGUCCGACGUUGUCGAUAUCGCUUGCAUUGCCCAGAGCGUUAACGUCAUCUCACCAUUGAUCACCAGCGCUACUGGCUACUUCAAGCAGACUAUAUAUCACCCUCUCCACCUUUUCUCCAAGUACAUGCGCGAUGGCGUCGCUGUCAAAGUCCAAGUCGAUUCACCAGCCUUCGCGGGAGAGACCCUCCCGCAAUGGAUUUCCCCUAUCAAAGGACAACCCAAGGAUCUCGACGUAUCUGCCGUUCUCUCCUCGACCGAUGGCAAGAAGACGCUGAGCGUAGCAGUGGUCAACCGCAGCGAGUCUAAGAGCUACGAUGUCCCGCUCAGGAUCGCAUUUGAGACCGUCACGGACGUAGAGGUGCACGAAUUGUGGCACGAGAAUGUGCAGGCCAGGAAUGGGUGGGGCAAGGAGGAGGAGGUCAGUGUGAAAACGCGAAAGGCGAAGUGGGAGGGCAAGUGGACGUUCAGGGAGCACUCCUUCACGCUGCUUAUUCUGCAUUUGGCUUGAUGGCUUGAACGGACCUUAACC